AUGGAGCAAGCCCCCUGUCCCUCCUCCACCCUUCGCUCCACAGACGCCGGGGACAGCGUGUCCCCGCCCCAGCGCGCCCGCAUCGACGACACCAUCCGCCACCUGGCUCGCAUCGGGGACGGCCAGGACCCCCGCCCCCUGCGGAACCCCGACCUGUUUGGAAACUUUGCGGUGGCGUAUGUGUCCCCCGGCACGGCCCAGCCCGGUGCGGCGGCCGGGGGCAGGUUCAGGUCGACCCUGGGGAAGGCCCUCUUCCCCACACGGGGCCUCUUCCAGAGCGUGCUCUCCCCCGACAUCGUGGUCAACAAGGUGUGCUUUGCGCUGCUGGGCCUCAUCCCCGGAUCCGUGGUGCUGCGCGGCAAGCUCCAGCCCAUCCCCAACUUUGCCACCGGCAGCGAGGAGACCCUGGACACCGUCAAGGUCUCCUUUGAGCCCCCUGUCCUGUCCCUGGGUGAGGCCAUCCACAUCCGCGUCGGCCCGCCCAGCACCGUCUCCCUGCAGACAGUGUAUGUGGACCGCCGCGUCCGGCUGGGCCUGGGCUCCCGCGGCUCGCUCUUCGUGUUCACGCGCGGCGGCGCCGCCGACGCGCAGGCCAUGGAGGCCGCGGGCCUGCACCGCACCGGCAAGCUCAGCACGGCCCUGCUCUUUGCGGCGCUGCUGACCGCGGUGGGCGGCGGGGCCGCCCUCGCCGCCCGAGCCACGACGCCGGUCUGGGCGCGGGCGGCCGGUGGGGCGCUGGCCCUGCUGGCCGCCGCGCUGGCCUCCGUGGUGUGGCGCGGCGGCAUCCUGGAGGACGCGACGUGGGAGAACGGGCGCCGCGUGGAGGCGGCUUGA